AUCUCAUUGGAAUGGACAACCAAAAGGGCAAACGUAUGGGAUAGGGUAAGCUAGCAGGUGCAAAAAGACACAAGAGUAGAAUGAAUAAAGAGAAGAAGGGAGGGUAACACAUCACCAAUGGUGACAUACGUAGACUGGCUCGAAGAGGAGGAGUUAAAAGAAUUUCAUCAGAUUCUUAUCCGACAACUAGGUAUGAUUUAGUAUGCAAAUGUUAAUUUAGAGAUGUCAUAGUUAAUUUCUUGUCAUCCUUGGUCAAAGAUGCCAUCAUUUACACUGAACAUGCCUAAAGAAAUACCGUUUAAGCCAUGGAUGUAGUUUAUGCAUUGAAAAAGUACGGCAGGAAUUUAUUGCUUAAUAAUGAUUGAAUUAUCACAGUUUUGAAAUCCCGCAUCACUAUAUACAUGGC